GCAAGAAUUAUAAAGUAAGCUCAUGGUUCUGUCGUCUUGCUAGCUUUCCUUUCAAAGCAUCCUCUCUCGAACCCUCUAAAGCAACCCAGUUCAUGAGCAGAAGACGAUCUUCCUCCCACCAUCAGUCCGAGCCCACAAUGUCAUCUCCUGCGGGCUCGGGCUGUUCCCCCGAUUACUUCGACGACGACAUCUUUGCCCUAGAUCCUCAUGAGGAUCUUGUGGGGCACCAGACGCAGUCUGGACCUUUGGUUCAGGAUGCAGAUCCUCUUGGUUUCACGAACCAAGAAGGAUUGCCUGAGAUGAUUUCGGGCUCCAUGCCGCAAAUAGUCACAGACAAUCCGAUUCUCGGUGACGGACCUCUUCCUCUAGCGGCUGGGAUGGAUCCGCAUCUCGACAGUAUCGACCCCGCUCUUUUGCUUCUGCCAGCAACCACGAACUCGGGCUGCGAUCCUUCUUUGGCGACCUCAAACGAAGCAUUUCAAGGCUCAGCAUCAGCUUCUGGCUCACAGGAUGUCUCGAUCAACAAUCAAGCCCAAUCACACUCGCUAACCUCCGAUGACGAUUCGUCUUCCGCUGACACAUCCAGUGGAAGCAUCUCGGGAACAGAGAACGGCUACGUUCAGAGAUACAGAGAAGAUGCCAUCAUUCGUAUGAGAAAAGACGAAUGUGUGAAAGAUGGAAUAUUCUUUUGCAACCGGGAGAAAUGCACCAAACGGUAUCGCAGUAACUCCAGGAGAACGUGCGCUCGCCUGCCACCGGCAUACAUCCAUGUCCUUGCUAACAAGAACUCAGAAAGCAUCUUCGGUCUCAUUACAAGCCCGUCCACUGUCUAUACUCUGGAUGCGGAUACAGGUGUGCUCAGAGGAAGGAGAUGCUCAAGCACCUCAUCUCUCGUCAUUCUGUCGAGAAGCCAUAUUACCCAUGUCCCGUAUGUCGUGAAGGAUUCACACGCCAGGAUAACCUCCGUCGACACUCGGAUGAAAUCCACGGUGGGAAGAGGAGGACGCGGUCAUUGGAGCUGCGGUAGCGUGUUGGCGGAAUUGUUGGCUAUUUAAUGAUGUUAGUUGUUUAAUUGUCACUCUUUUGUGCUUCUGUGUCUUUAUCCCCAUGACACUUGCCAGGAGUUUGCACUUUUCUAGGCAAAUCACCUAUUAGUAUUCAUGGCAACACGCUUAUUCGUAUUUGUAG